AGAGAGAGAGAGAGAGAGCGCGCGCGCAACGGGAUACGCUAAGAUCCUUACUGGUUCAUCACACACACACAUACACACACACCAGCUCGGACCUUAUAAACAGUCCACCAAUAUUACACUGAGAAUCAUGAAAUCAGAUGCAAUGUGGAUUUAUCAAGCUCUUCUGUGCGUUCUGCUUUUCGUGGAUAUGGAGUGCAAGAAACAGACAUUGCAGAGGUACCAGAAAACCGAAAACAGCAGGCUGUUGUGUACAGACUGCCCCGAGUCUCCACGAGUUAAGAGUUUCUCGCUAGAUGAAUGCGCACGCAGAUGUAGCAAGAGCAAGAAAUCCUGCAGGGCCUUCUACUAUGAUCAAUUAAACAGGAAAUGCCACUUGCUUCCCUUCGACCGUUUCUCCGAAGGCGCGCAGAGAGAGCGAAAACCCAAUUACGACCUUUACGAGAAGAAAGAUUAUGUAAAGGAGUGCAUCAUCGGGUCAGGUGUCAACUACAAGGGGAGAAGAUCCUUCACAAAGACCGGGAUUACGUGUCAAGCCUGGAAUAUGUCUGUACCGCAUGAGCACAAUUUCAAGCCUGCCAGACACAAAAAAUUUGACCUGCGCCAGAACUUCUGCCGAAACCCAGACAAUGAUCCGAGUGGACCCUGGUGCUUCACAGAACUCACUGAGACUCGACAUCAGGAAUGCGGACUGCCCCAAUGUUCAGACGUGGAGUGUAUGAGGUGUAAUGGGGAAACAUAUAGAGGACCCAUGGAUCGCACAGAAAGUGGAAAAGAGUGUCAGAGAUGGGACUCGCAGAAACCUCAUAAACACACGUACCAGCCUCACAGGCACGUUGAUAAAGGUCUGGAUGACAACUACUGCCGUAAUCCCAACAACGACGUGCGUCCGUGGUGUUACACGAUGGACAGAAACACACCAUGGGAGUACUGCAACAUCAGCGUGUGUGACUCAGAUGAUGAUGUUAAAGUGGAGGUGACCACCUCGUGUUUCGCGGGUCAGGGGGAGGGGUACAGGGGUACGAUCAAUGUCACCUCUGGAGCUGUGGCAUGUCAGCGCUGGGACGUCCUGUUUCCUCAUAAUCAUUCUUAUACGCCGCACAACUAUAAAUGCAAGGAUCUUAGGGAGAACUAUUGCAGAAAUCCAGAUGGCUCUGAAAUCCCCUGGUGUUUUACCACAGACCCAAAAAUCCGCAAAGCUUUCUGUACCAACAUCCCCAGAUGUGAAUCUGAGAACUCAGACAGCACAGAUUGUUAUGAAGACAACGGGGAGAGUUAUCGCGGUAAUUUGUCAAAAACAAGAUCUGGAAUUCCUUGCGGACUGUGGUCUGACCACACAUUCAGGAGAGACAUACGUUCAGCAGCGGCCAGUACGAGCUUGGAGUUGAACUUGUGCAGGAAUCCUGACCGUGAUAAGCACGGGCCGUGGUGCUUCACAGCCAACUCCUCUAUUCCCUGGGACUACUGCAGACUGGAACGCUGUAAAUCAACAAUCUCUGAUGACCAUCAGAUGAGUAUACGACCAAAACCAUCUUGUUUUAUACACAUAACCACACGAAUUGUUGGGGGAAUGCAGGUACAGCGGGCAGAGGAUGGAAGCUGGGUGGUCAGCAUACAGAAAAGGAACAGACACUGGUGUGGUGGCUCUCUGAUCAGAGAGGAAUGGGUUCUUACAGAUCAACAGUGCUUCUCCACCUGCGUUCCUGACCUCUCGGAAUACACGGUGCGGGUGGGACUUCUCCAUCUCAACGCCUCCGCUAGCACGCAGGGUCUCCGGAUCGCACACGUGGUGUGCGGGCCAGAGGGAUCCAACUUGGCCUUGCUCAAACUUGCAACGCCUGCCCCUGUCUCUGAGCAUGUGCGAACUGUACAGCUUCCUGUCGCAGGGUGUGCUGUUGCAGAGGGCACCUUCUGCCUUAUGUAUGGCUGGGGAGACACUAAAGGCACAGGUCAUGAAGGUAGUCUGAAGAUGGUGGGACUUCCGAUUAUAAACAACAAGAAGUGUUCUCAAAGCCACAAUGGCAUUCUGCCCAUUACCGAGACCAAAAUCUGUGCUGGAGGCAAGAGAGACCAGGGCGUUUGUGAGAAAGACUAUGGUGGCCCGUUGGUGUGCCAGGAAGGAGAAAACAAGGUUAUAGUGGGUGUGAGCAUCAAUGGACGAGGAUGUGCCGUCGCCCGGCGUCCUGCUGUGUUUGUCAAUGUGGCCUUCUACUCCGAAUGGAUUCGUAAAGUUUUCAAAUACUAUUCAGACAUGGAGACAAGUAACUAGACUAUUAUAUUUCCCGCACAUGGGGUGGACUCCUGGCAUGUUGUGGUUCUUUUGCGGCACGUAUAUCAACAUAAGGAGCAUGAUGGUUGCUGACAAAUGGCAUAUACAAGUGAAACAAUCGACUUGGAGACCAGAUUUUUAUGAUUUGAAACCACUGUACGAGAACUGGUGCAAGACUGACAGAUGAACUGCGAACAGUUCGGAUAUCAGGCGCUCAGAUAUUGGUUGUUUUCGGUAAACCAACAAACUGAGUGACAAUGUCUUAAUGCUUCUAAGGAGUUUGUGGCUGGUAAGUGAGCACUCAAAAAUCAAGAACAGAUGGAUCUACGAACUGUGCUCGUCCGUAUGAACGUAUUUGUCUCAGACCAGAGCAGAUAUAUUCAAAGUGUCAAUCCCUGGAGAUACUUGAAUAUGGCAAAAACCCAACAUUUUUGAAAGGGUGGAGCUUUGGUUUGUUACUCUUAGGGCUUCCUUUAGAUUUAAACUGGUUAUUGAGGUGCAGACAGAUAUCUCAUUUAUCAGGCAAUAUUACCUGCAGGGACGUCACUUAUAAGGGCCUGGUAUGUUUCUGAAACACAGGUGUCAACACAAAUCACUACGAAAUGGAUUCGGAUCAGUAAAAUGCGCAGUGGUCGCCAUACAUGCCCAACUGGGAUUAUUUCAGCGGCUUAAGUGUAUUUCCAAACUUCUAGAAGGAUUCAUUGACAUCGCAAUGUUUUGCACCUUGCCUUACUCCAGUUUGGAGCGUACUCUGGCCCCUUUGGGGCUGUGUUUGUGUGUUGAGGAACAAUUUUUACUGCACUCCAGAGAGUGUGCUUAUGUCACUCUGUAUGUCAGUAGGUCUUAUAGAUCUCAAAUUACAAGUAUCUGAAGUCUUUCUUUUCUCAUGGUGUAAUAUAUCUGUCGAGAUUCUAUAAGCAGUUUGCAAACUAUUUAUUUAUAACUUUUGUACAUCCACUAAAACCGUGGCAUUUCGUCUUUCAGAACUGUUCAUUGUGUUUAAUCUGGCCUGUAGGUUUGAGACAUAACAUUUGUAAACGAAACAAACUGAAAAUAUGUCUAACGAUAGGAAAAUAUUGUUCGGUUGUGUGUCCUGACGCAAAGAUGACUCCCUAAAGAUCUAUAAGAUGCACAUGUGUUUAGUCCAAAGUGGAGGGUCUUUAAAGUUGAAAUUUAACCAAAGGAUACUGCAAUACUUAAUAGCGUAAAGCAGUCAAGUACAGCUCUUAACAGGCAGGGUAUAUUUUUCUAAUGUUUAUGGUGCGUUUUUUUAUCAUAAGAAAUGUAUAAUGAUGUGAAUAUGAUAUGUUUGCUAUGUAUAUAAGGUGCCUUUUGUUUUGUUUUAAAUUACAUUUUAUCCAUUUUAUACUUUGUUUCAACUCAAUGUUGUGGUUUCACUUCGCGCUGCUGCCAUCAAUGGUCUUAAUUUCGAAUCUCGAAUAUCUAGGCUGCUGUCAUUUUGAACACUUUUAAUGACUAUUUUGUAUUUGUAUUUAAACUUUCAGUACAUUUAAUACCAUUUCA